UCUCUGACCCACACUCCAGUACAGUAGGUGGCGGUAAUGCACCAAAACGUUGGACGCCCACUGCUGAUAAAUCCCACCGAACAAGAAGUACGUACAGAAUAAUACUAUAUGCUCUGAGACCAGAUUGCAGCAAACCACUGAGCAUCGUCGACUUCAUUCACAUAGGUUAAAUUAGAAAAACACCGAGCAGCGUCGACCUCAAUUACACAUUGAAAUAGACCCACUUAGCUAGGUACUUGACCAAAGCAUAUCAAACUAACGUUACCUAGCUAGUUUAGCUAAAUUAAUUGUUCUGUAAUUUUCGCCGGUCAAUAAACAAUAAAAUACGAACUGUGGUCCUUGUUGGAAUUGCGUGGGAAUAAUCUCUUCCUGCGGUUAGCUAGCUAGUUGUCUUUCGUUUCGAGGUCAUCCUCACCAGUGUGUGUCGAGUUAGCUAACGUUACAGCAAGCUUUUUAGAGACUAGGCUUGACUCGGUAGCUUACUACACAGCUCGUUAACAAUUUAGCUAACGUUUGUUGAAAGUCGUCUCCAGUUGGAAAAGAGCAGACAUGAAGAAUCUUCCGUAUUUCUGCCGGGGGGAAGUCGUUCGAGGAUUCGGACGAGGAAGCAAAGAACUAGGAAUUCUCACAGCCAACUUCACAGACUCUGUGGUGGAGCUCCUGCCUGGCGACAUCAGCACAGGAAUCUACUAUGGCUGGGCGUGCGUGGACAACGGAGACAUCCACAAGAUGGUGAUGAGCAUCGGCUGUAACCCUUACUACAACAACGCCAAGAAAUCCAUGGAGACUCAUGUGAUCCACACGUUUAAAGAAGAUUUCUAUGGCCAGAUCCUCAGUGUAGUCCUGGUGGGAUACAUCCGUCCAGAGAGGAGCUAUGACUCACUUGAUGCCCUUAUAGCAGCGAUCAACCAUGACAUUGAGGAGGCCAAAAGAAAGCUGGACCUCCCUGAACACCUCAAACUCAAAAAGGACAACUUCUUCAUAGCCUCUGCCAGCUCGUCCAUGACGUCGUCCAACAAGAUCACGAAGGGCCACUGAUCACACAACACGUUGUUCAUUCUCGCAUUGCUCAUCACUCGGUAAAGUCGCUGUCGCAAGUAUCCAUCCAAAUUUUAAUUUUUCACUAGGCCUAGUGACCUGGCCGGCAGAGGCCUUGCUUGUAUUUUAGUGUGGAGCAAACAUGAACCACUGACGUUAAGGAGUGCCACGAUUACUUCAUCAAAAAGAGCCAAGUGAUUUUUCCAAACACUGCUUUGGGUGUUUUCCAUUGCAGUUUGAAUGACUGGGUGGCUCUCCUGUCUGUUAUGCUCUUUCUGCCAAUAUGUUACUUUUUCAAACCUUUAGAAUUGGACAAGUUUGGUGCCAAAUGACAUGAUCCUGGUAAUGUGCAACUCCAGGAAUUGAAUGUCUGUUGAGAGGAGCCCAGUACCACCAAAUCCACUGCUAAAGGUGGCAGGUUGCCUAGUGGUUAGAGCGUUGGUCAAGUAACUGAAAGGUUGCUGGUUAAAUUACUGAGCACAUGAGGUGAAAAAUCUGUCGGUGCCCUUAAGCAAGGCACUUAACCCCCACUUGCUCCAGGGAAGCAGUACUAAUAUGGCUUUCCCUGGUCAACACUGUUCCCUGCACCUAUCCAGCAUAUGUGACAAAAUGUCCUUUUGAAAUGAAUGGUAAUUUUGUAUUGUUUAGAAUUGGGGUUCAGUCUCAUGGCUUUGCACUUAGUUUUUCCUCCUUUUCAUUUUCGGGUGUAUUCAAAAUGUCUGCCUUGAAGCAGAGAAGUCCUCUAUCUUUCAUUUGGCUAAAUAGUUGCAUUAUACACAGCACUGAAUUAGUCUGCAUUAUUUUAUUUGAGAAACUGAUGUUCUUAUUUGACCUACACAAACUGCAUGGUUGGCUAAAGACAUGCUUGAAUGCAGCUUCCAGUUCUCUGAUUUCCUUAAUUUGUAUAGUUCCUCAUUGGUCAAAUCCAGCAUUCUCCCACCCCAGCAAUGAGGGCCAUUUUUAUUUAACACUAAAGAUUUGUCUGACAUUUUUUAAAUGGGUCCACAUAACUGUAUGUUGAAAGUUUCCAUAAUUUUUGUUUUUACUGACCCUCAUUCCACUGAGAUAAGAGAAGAAUGAAGCCUUGUUCACACUGCAGGCAUUGGUGCUCAAAUCCGUUUUGGAGUACGGACUGUCCAAACAGCAAGUUACAAGUGACCAAAUCAGAUUUGUGUGUUCAGAUCGCAGUCAUUUGCUGACAUGGCUACGCAAGUUGUUACUAUGACAACGGGGUGUGUGAGCAGUGGUGUAGGAUGAUUUUGUUGGUGGUGCUCAUGCUUCCUGUCACUCAGAAGUUGUGUAGCAAGCUAAGGUGACACCAAUGCCUGCCAUGAACAUUUCCCAGUUGCUUUGAAUGUUCAAAAUCAGUGAAUGAACACUUUUUCUUUUUAAAGCUCAAAGGAUAAGAUGAACCAACUUUCAAAAUGAGUCCUUUUUGGCUAGCCCCAGCAGUCAACUAGGUAGCUCUUUAGCGUUCUAGCACAUUUUACUAAUUUGUUUGUAAACCAUUAAGCUAGUUAGCUACAUGUUCUUGUCAAAGUUGGCAAGCAACAAGACAUACCAAAUAAGUGUUAAAAAUAAUAAUAAUAAAAAUGAGGGCAAGUACAUCAGAUUUGACCAUUCAGACAAGUCGCAUGGCCCGGAAUCAGAUUUGUAGUUGAUUUCAAACCACCUAUGAAGGUGGUUUGAAAUGUGGCUUCAAAUAUCUGAUUCCCUGUGCUUUUGGGCUGUUCAAACUUUAGGGAAAAGAAAUUCAAAUCGGAUAUGCAAAAAACAAAAUGGAUUUGAGUCACUUCAAACUGCCAUUAUGAACAAGUCUCAAGUCCAAGGCUCUGAUUCUCUGCAGAUGGAUGUGGUGGGCAUGUGUGAGUUUUUCUUUCUUUGUCAUUUCGUCAGAGGACAAAGUGGACAGUGUUGCGCAUGCGUACAUAACGCUUUAUAAUAAGUUGUUCAAAAUGAGUUGAGCUAAUGUGAUUAGAGAUUUUAAUGUACUUGAGACUGUUCCUCUGCCAUACUCUUGGCAGAGGAAACAAUAUGGCUGGUGUUAAUAUAUUCAUGUUUACGUAGACCAAAUAUGUGAAUACGGUUCUAUAUCCCCCCCCCCCCCAUGUUCCUCUUCACAUUUUGAGCUUUGUUCCUUUAAAAAAUACGUCAUGGUCGUUUUAUUAUUGCAGGAUACCUUAAAUUCCCCUCCACCCAUACCCAGAAAAUGUACUGGGGUAAGCAAUUGAUAUGCAUAAGUAAAUGGUAUUCAACAAUGACGUAUUGAAAGCUAUGCAAUGUGGGAUGGGGAUCGGUCUCUACCAUUUUUAAAAGGCCAGAGGGAAAGUUUUCUCUUGGUUAAUUUAUGGUUACUGUUUGGUUAGAGCACGGACUUGCCACCAGUUGUCGAGGGAUUUCUGUGUUCCCCAGACCUAUAUACCUGAGUGGUUAGCAGUACUAUACCUUAGACCAACAUAUACAUACAGUUUCUCAAACGUAUACACAGCAGACUCUGCGUUAAUGUAUACCCAGUGUGCUCACUGUCGGUCUUAUCUGACUUCCCCUGUCAUUAGCCUGUGCAGGGUUUCCCAAACUCGGUCCUGGGCCCCCCCGGUACACUUAUCAUGCAGUGCUAGUUAUCUCCUCAGUAGUGUAGUCAUGGGUGUCUCCUGGGAGGGGUAAGACAUGUGCUGAAGCCACUCAAGAGCCUAGCAGCCCCAAGAAAUAUUGUAUUAUUACUGGCAGCACUACACAAUGACCGUGAAAAAAUGUUGGUGCCACCACUGACUAGUUAAACCUACAAUAUACAGUAAGAGAACAUGAUUCAACAAGGGCCAUUCUAAUGUUUAUCUGUUUCCCCCAGCUCCAGUGUUCUGUUUUUUUAAUGGUAUUACACUGAAGGCCGGGGUUGUGUUCAUCAGGUCAGUAGCUGGUUUAUUAAUGCUUUUCAUCUGGUCAGACCCCUAUUGAAAUGUUUCCCUGUGAUUUCAAGUUUUGUUAGGACUACAGCUGUCUGGGUGUGUUUGUCCUCUGUACCUAACUGUCAGAUGUUCUAUAAAUCAGUGCAGCUAGAAGUGCUCAUUAAACUGUCAAAACAACAUGGCUUAUAUUUGAUCAAGUACCAGGCACUAGUGUUGGAUUAGGCAACUGUACUCCCGAGGCAUCUGUUCGUAAUACUAGUAGGCUUGCUCUCCAGUUUGGCACCAAACCACAGCCCUGAGCCAACAUGUUUCCUUUGUUUAAUAAUGAGAUCAUCUAGCUCAGUCGAGACCGUGCUCAGUAGAAUCAGACCAAUGCCAUUAACCAGGGUCAUCUGCUUCUUCUCACACUCUUCUUUCACUUGUAUUCUGCCUUUAUAAAGAAACAAAGUGUAGAAUGGCAGAAUGGCCUAUUCCCAAAAUGUGCUUUAGCUGGAUAAGCCACAUCCUUGUAAAUAAUUGAUAUGCUUUCCAAGAGUUUACCUAACCUCCAAUACAAUGUUAUUUUCUAGUCCUUUCAGCUGUGAUUGCAUACGUUUGACUGUUGUAAGAAAUCAUGGAAUUCUGUAGUUAUUGAAGCAUCAUGUCAUAGCUUUGGAUUUUUGUUUAGUCUUUUCCCAGUUAACCAUGGGUCUGUGUUCAGGGACCAGUCGUAUGUGUUGGGCUUGUUCAAAAUCCUUUUGUCCUGCUGCUGUAUGGUCCUGCCUGACGUUGUAUUCUUAUUAAACAUGUUCGAAGUUGCAUCUCUCGUAGGCUGCAGUGUAACUGUCAGAUGAUUCAACAAUAAUUUAUUUACUGGUAGUACUCCUUUGCACAGGUGACACUUUCAGUGGUGUAAAGUACUUAAGUAAAAAUAAAGUAAAGUACUACUUUA